ACAAGGUGUAGAGCUGGAUGAACACAGCAGGCCGAGGAGCAGGAAAGCUGACGUUUCGGCCUAGACCCUCUACUUUCUCUUACAUUGUUUUAGAUUUGGGGAGUCGAUCAAUUAUAGCGGAUAAACGCAACAAAUACUUACAGGGACUUGAACGAGGUGCUGAACGGCCAGUCCGCUUAAUGCAUCUUUCGAUUGCCAAAUAGUUUCGUCGUCUGAAAAAAAAUUCUGGCGUUCGGAUGCUACGGAUAAAACGACUGCAGUAUUGACUGUAGUCAUUUGGGCCAGUUGGGUUGUACCAUGGCUUCAGGUGGGGGAGAUGAAAACCCUUUCAAAACAAACCCAGCUAAACUACAUAAGAACCGUUGUAGGCGCCCAUCAAGACCAGUAACAGAGGAAGGUGUUGUGCAGGAAACCGAGGACGUUUUCAGGAGUUACGUCUUCUUCCGGUACCAAUCGGAGAGGGAAGAAGGUACAAAUGUCCCAGAGGAUCCAGAGAUAAUUGAGAUGCAGCAGCCUCCUGAAAAUACUCCAACUCUUGUGGGCCGUCAACUUGCUCUUAUUGGAGAUGACAUCAACCGUAGAUAUGAUUUAGAGUUCCACAAUCUGCUGUCAACCUUGCCACUCAAUGCAGGAAAUGCUUACGACUACUUUCGGAAAAUAGCUGAUGGGCUUUUCGAAAGUGGCAUAAAUUGGGGCCGUGUGAUAGCUCUUUUAGGAUUUGGCUAUCGAAUGGCCAUUUAUGUCUUCCAGAAGGGUAUGAAGGGAUUCCUGAGUCAAAUCGCAAAAUUCAUUGCAGAGUUUGUAUUAAAAAAUAGAAUUGCACGAUGGAUUGCAGCUCAAGGAGGCUGGGUAGCAGCUCUGGAAUUGGAUAAUGUUUAUAUCAAGUGGAUGCUUGGAAUUCUGGCUAUAGUUUUGGUUGGUGUAUUUGUGGUCCACAAAUUUUACAAAUCUUAAUACGAGGAUACUCGCUGGAGCAGGCCUCUAGCCAUGGACUAUGAAAAUAGAGAUUGUUUUAGCAACAGUUUACAUCUGCAUAAUUGUGAAGACUUGCUACUGAUAGUGAACAGGAGAUACUUAACCAGAAAUUUCAACUGUCAAAUUGCCAAAUUCGUUAUGAAAGGAUAUUGAUUGUCAGGCCGAUUUUGUGCCGGACAGUUUUAAGUUCAGCUACACUUCUCCAGGUUAUAUCUAUAACUCACUUUUUAAGGCCAUGCUGGCAAACAAGGCCCUGGUUUUCAUCUCCUCUUCAGACUCUUGUUCCUGUAGGAACAGCAUUGUAUGCUGAAUCACAGAACUAUGACCAACAAAUGGUGUAUUGCAAUUGUUUAAAGAUUGAAACAUGUAAUGAAUGGAAAUUUUAGCCAUUAUCUAUUUAGAAAUUCAAAGGCAAAUUACUCCGUUCAUUUUUUUUUGUGUGCAGAAUUAUUUUUUUUAGCAGAACGGAUUGUUCCUUGCUUAACACUUGAAGAUGAUCUUUGGGGCUCUCACUAAGAGCACUUACAUACUAUCCUUUCCGAAAUACACUCCUCACUGAUGCACUUUUUAUGACUCCUAUACUGUAUGUGAACAGUUGCACUUGAGGCAACUACCCCGUAGUGUGUAAAGCAGAAAUUAAAUUCAUCUUUCCAGAAUGACUAAGAAUGCAGCUGUUGCUUAUCUAGAAGUCGUUCUUCAUGAAAUUGCAUUUAUAGGUGGCUCUGGCAUCAGAACUGUGUGCCUCCUGCAAUACCUGUUAUCAAUUAGGUAUGUGUAAUGUGGUUUGAAAUUGCAUAGUAUUUCAUGGGUAAUAACAGUCUGAAUGUGAAGACUGAUGAAUGGUGCUGCUGAGAUUAAAGUUUGUGACCCUAGAGGUUUUGUGUAUGAAAUCUGGGGGGGUGCUUAGGAUAAAUUCUUAAUUUUUUUUUAAACAAGUACCUCUACAUGGUCUAUUUUUAUGUGCAUUUGAGACUUUCUGAUUGUAUUUCUCCCUUUACAUUAUAAUUUCUGCAAUCUGUGGGCUUGAACAGUUGACAAUGCGACAAUUUUCAUUAAUGUUUGAAUAGCCCUUGUGGUCUUGUAGUUUUUCAUUAGGAGCUAAUCAAAUAAAAGGCACUGUUGCAAAGGGAAGGGAGUUUGCAUUGUGGGCUGACGGGUAGAAAUGCUGCAUAGCAGUAUGCAGAUUGAAGUGUUCAUACUUUGUCGUGUGGGAUCUAAAACUAUUACAAUUAGAUGUGGGACUGAGAAAACAAAAUUUGGAAUGGAAAACUCCAAGGGAUAAAAAUGAACUGGGGCUAAGAAAAGUUGGUCAGAAAUGGAAAGCUAAAAUGAGGUGAGUGAUAUAAAUCAAGUUUAGAUUAACUUCUGUUGCAAUCAGCUUUUAAAAAUAAAGAUUGUUAAAUAGAUUUCCAAAUAUAGUUUCCAGUAUCUGUUGGAAACUCAGCGAUUUGUUCAAUAAUAGUUCAAGUCCCUCUGUCCCUGGCCAGUAAUGAAUUGAAUUACCUACUAAGUGUAGAAUUUGGUUAAAGAUUUUGCAUUGGUUUAUAUGCAGCUUAAGAUUUGAGCUGUGCUAUAGAGUUU